AUGGAUAUUCCAAAGGACCAGAUCGCUACUCUAAUGGAGCAUGGUCUCUACGACUCAGCCGAAAUGCUCGGCUGCUUCCUCGUUUCGUCUUCUACUGUCAGCGCUGAAGCUAGUCCUCAUCUAAAGGCGGAAACUUUGAUUCUACUUGGAGAUGCUUUGUUUCAUCAGAGAGAGUAUCGUAGAGCUAUUCAUACGUAUAAGCAAGCGUUGCAUCAUUGUGCGAGGGCUCCGAAGCAAAGCUCUGGUAUUUCUAGGAGUUCGUUAUCUUUGUCUACUAGAUCGUCUCUGAAUGCUUCUAGUGUCUCUGCUAUUAAUGAGAGUGAGGUGAGGUUUAAGAUUGCUUCAUCUCACUUUGCUCUUGGGGAAACCAAAGCUGCGAUCGCUGAGAUGGAAUCUGUCAAGACAAGAAGCUUGGAGAUGAAUGUACUGAUGGCAAAGCUUCAUCGAAGUUCUGGAUAUAACCGUGGUGCUAUUGCUUUUUAUAAAGAGUGCUUAAGGCAAUGUCCUUAUGUACUCGAAGCCAUCAUAGGAUUAGCUGAACUUGGAGCCACUGCAAAGGAUAUCAUAUCAGCUUUUACUCAGGCUUCAAGUAGAAGUACAAAAGUUUCGCUUGAUCAGAUUGAUCCUACCCGUUGGUUACAGCGAUAUGUCGAGGCCCAGUGUUGUGUUGCUUCACAUGCUUACAAAGGGGCGCUGGAACUCUUUGCUGAACUUUUACAACGAUUUCCAAAUAACGUACACUUGUUGACUGAGAUGGCAAAGGUUGAAGCCAUUAUUGGGAAAAAUGAUGAGGCCAUAAUGAGAUUUGAGAAGGUUCGAUCAAUUGAUCCUUAUACACUUACCUGCAUGGAUGAGUAUGCGAUGCUGCUACAGAUGAAGUGCGAUUAUUCCAGGCUAAACAAGCUCGUCCACGAUUUAUUAAGUAUUGAUCAUACCAGAGCAGAAGUAUUUGUAGCUUUGUCUGUACUAUGGGAAAGGAAAGAUCCAAGGACGGCAUUGUCUUAUGCUGAGAAGAGUAUCAGGGUUGAUGAGAGGCACAUACCCGGCUACAUAGUGAAGGGAAACUUCCUUUUACUAGCAAAACGACCAGAAGCUGCAGCGAUUGCCUUCAGGGCUGCUCAGAAUUUGAGGUCUGAUCUUCGUUCAUAUCAAGGAUUAGUCCAAUCUUAUCUGGCAUUUGGCAAAACCAAAGAAGCAUUGUAUACCGCUAGAGAAGCAAUGAAUGCAAUGCCUCAGUCUGCAAAGGCUCUGAAAUUAGUUGGUGAUGUUCAUGCUAAUACAUCAAGUGGCAGGGAAAAGGCGAAAAAAUUCUAUGAGUCAGCUCUGAGGCUUGAACCUGGAUACCUUGGAGCAGCCAUAGCUUUAGCUGACCUACAUCUAAUGGAAGGGAGGAAUGGAGAUGCUGUAUCACUACUUGAACGGUAUCUAAAAGACUGGGCUGAUGAAUCUCUCCAUGUCAAGCUAGCUCAAGUGUUUGCUGCAACGAAUAUGCUACAAGAUGCUUUAUCACACUAUCAAGCUGCAUUAAGGAUAAAUCCACAGAAUGAGGCAGCCAAAAAGGGACUAGAUCGCUUGGAGAAACAGAUGAAGGGAAUAGACCCGGAUGCAGCUGAUGAGAAUGACGAGAACGAUGUUGAAGAUGUUGAUGGAGACACUGAAGAAGCAGAGCUCAUGUGA